AUGCUUAUGGUUUUGUUCCGUCGAGAAUUUUCUUUUGGUGAUUCGUUGUACCUUUGGGAGAUGAUGUGGGCCUUGGAGUAUGAUCCUGAUUUAUUUACCACGUAUGAAGACAGUGAUUCCGGUUGUGAAAAGUCAGAGAAAUCUAAAGAGAGGGCCAAAUCAAGAAGGCAAUGCGGAAAAUUCGAAAGAGAAAACAUGAGAAAUGGUGAUAUUGCACCUCUUCCUAUUUCAGUUUUUCUUGUAGCCACUGUCCUAAAGGAAAAGAGUGCCAAGUUGCUCACAGAAGCCCGCGGCCUAGAUGAUGUGGUCAAGAUUCUGAAUGACAUUAGCGGUAACCUUGAUGCCAAAAAGGCAUGCUCUGGUGCCAUGAAACUUCACAAGAAGUAUCUGAAAAAGGCAAAAGCUUCCGGACAGAACGCAAAAGUAUAG